AUGUCAAACCCUCACAUAGUGUGGUUGAUGAGGAAAUUCAUCGGAUCUUCAGACCUGGACCGCCAGACGUUUUCACUCUAUGACGUGUUUGUUCUAGCUUUAAGAGAGGAUCGAUAUUCAAUUGCUGGGCAGGCCAUUUCUGUCAGCCUACUGCAUGGCGACCCUCCACCUUUAGAUGAGCUCUGUGCUCCCCAUCUGGUCGGUGACAGUUCCAUGAUAAAGUCUUUUCUGGAGGACAUUGCUGGUGCUGACCUCUAUGAGAAAGUAUCUGAAUAUACAUCUUUUGAGGAACAGAUGUCUGCCAUGGAAUCACUGCAAGAUUAUUUGGCAAAUGUUAGGCCAUUGAAAUGCAUUGAAGAUAGAGAUCUGUUAGUACAAGAUAUCCUCAUGUGA